AUAUAAUGUGUGUUGCUACUGUGUACCGGGUUGCUUUAAUUUAGUAGAUAUUUAUAUGUUAUUUUGUGUUCAUUGGAUGCCUCAUAUACUAUAUAUCUUUUGUGUUUAUAAACUAGGGCAAUGUGUACUUGAUAUAAUAUACUAGAUAGGACAGAACCUACUAUCCUUGGGUUUUGGAAUCUUGGCAAUGAUUCCUUCUUCUAGUCGUUCACUGUGCAGCGAUCUGAAGUCUUUAUCGUUAUCAUUGAAGCCAGAUCAGUUGUCUAAGGCUUUUAACCGUUUAGCUUUAAACUUUUGGCGUGUUCCUCGUGAGGUUGAUUUUCGUCAUGGACAAUGUAUACGUCAUUUUUUUGAAAAGCAUGUUCUAAGAUCUGUAUCAUCUAGAUCAUCUCUUAAUGUUACAGGGCAGCUUGAUUUACAUAUAAUUCUACAAUAUUUUCAAGAUCGUGCAAUAGCGCUGGGUAAUGCUGAUGCUCUUGGGCCUAAAGACAUUUCAUUGAUAUUCAAUGCCUACGCAAAGAUAUACCAAAAUGUUCAACAGUUGCGUGGAUUAUCUGUGUAUAAUACCAAUGGGUUGUUGAAGGUACUUCGUCAGUAUGUUACUGACUUGAUUCCUUUAGCUCGUCCAUUGGUCUUCAAUAUGAAUGAGCAAGACCUUUCAUUAGUUUUAAAUAGUAUAUCCAAGAUAAAUGUACCCGGUGACUUAUUACUCGAAACUGCUAAUGAGGCGUUGGUAAGUCACCUUCGUGAAUACUAUGAGCAUGAUCAACCGGUUCGUAAUGUUUAUGGGCGUUUACCCAAGUUUGGUUACAACUUGAUAUCGGAGCUCACUCCUCAGGGUGCUUCAUUAAUUAUAAAUUGUUUUGCCAAGUCAAAUAUAUCGCUAGAUCGUGGUGUGAUAAAUCACAUUGUUAAUCGAUUUUUACCAUCUAAUUUGGAACAAUUUUCAUCUCAGCAAUUGGUUACUAUAUUACACGGCUUUAUGAAAUUAGAUGUAAAAUCUAGCGAUGUACGCUCUUCUUUGGUUGCGCUAGAUUCCAUAUUGGCAACUGCUUGCACUGAGGAUAACAUGAAGUUACUAUCGGCAUCGUUGUACACUUUUGGUAAAUACAACCAUUUCCCUAAAGCCUCGUCUGGAAAACUAGAUUUGGUAGGCAACUCUAGGCCUAUACAAUGUACUGAAUUGGAAUUGAGCAACAUAUACUAUGGACUUGGCAAGUUAAAUCUUCGUUGUGAAUCUUUUUUAGAGCGUCUGAACAUUUGUCUACUGGAUAUGUUACAUGACCUAACUCCUCAGGGCGUAUCUACUAUUUAUCACGCGUUAUCUCGUUUGGGAUUUCGUGACAGCGGGGUUGUUUCAGGCCUAGAACAUAGUGUGGAAUCUAGAUUGCUUAGUAGGUUUCUUGAAAUGGUUUCAUUGCUGCGCCCUUCUGGUGUAAGAUCUGAUUUCAUACAAUCGCAAAUAUUACCUUUACAUUUGGUCAACAUCUCGCUUAGUGCAGCUACGAACUUGAUAUUAGACAAUAGGAUAUUUUCUCUGUUACUCGACUCUCUUGCUCAGUUGGUAGGCCAGUCUAUGGUAUCUUCCAAGAUUUCAAAGGAAACUUCUGGGCACUCAGGUUCACAUGCGGAGUUACCAACGCGUGAUGCAUCAGUUUCACGAUCGGUGGACUUCAUUCACAGCGAUCUUGGUACACAAGGUGUCUAUCAGCUAUACUGCAUUUGCCAGCAUAUAAUGUGGUAUGCUAGCCCUGGCUUAUUAUCGCAUCGGAUUUCAACUCUUAAGACUCUGGUACAUAUGUUUACGGCUUGGGAGUCGUUAUAUCGUAACGGAAGCAUUGAUCGUUUGCACGGUUACAAUGAUUCCUUGGAGUCAUUGGUUGACCCUGAUGUAACUCCAUCUCGCAUUCAAGCUGACGUUGUGGGUGUUUUAAAAUGUAUAUUACCAUCAUCUGGCACGCUUGUAGUUGAGGAGUCACCUGCAAUUCCCUAUACGAUAGACAUACUCCUAUACAGUGUGUAGCCACUCUACGACGUUGUAGUGUACUUUGGUGUGUAAUUAUUUUUUUCACAAUAAACAAAU